AUGGAACAACGUCCUCAGCAGGUACCGAGCGACAUGCGUAGUCUGGUCCGUCUCUUGGGAUUGUGGGAGGUGGUAACCCCGGCGACUGGGAAUUGUGCGGCGAUUACAGUAGCACAGGCUUACGUUGAUACCGACAUGCAUGGCGAGAGUGACGCAUUUGAAAGGAACACGGCCAGUGUAAAACGGGGCAUUCGGUUUUCCGGUCUUCUGAACUUAGACCACAAUUAUUCCCAUGAUGUGCGCGUCCAGGCUCUCCGCAACGUUGGGAGAGGCUGGACAACAAUGAAGCCUAAAGAAUUGGCGAACCAGUUUUGCUGA